AUGUACUGGUACCGAUUCACCUCUUACCCAGGCGCGAUGCCUCCCAUGCCCGCUGGAAACCCCUGGAUGGGCGCUACGGCGACCGCCGGUGCCCCCUUUGCGGCUGGGACGGCCGCCGAAGCGCUUGCGAACAAUGUAGCUAGCGCUGCAGCUAGGUGAGUCGAUUUGUCAUUAAGCUUCAUUCCAAACUCGGCAUACUGAUUACUGAUCUCGACUUUCCUCUUUCAUCCUCCGAGUCAUCAGCCAUCAUCUACCCCCUCAAGUUCCUCACCCGUCCCUCCACCCGUCCCUCCACCCGUCCCUCCACCCGUCCCUCCACCCUCACUACCAAAGCACCCACCCCAGUCAUCACCUACAUCAGCCCUACACCGUCGACGUGUACCGAUCCUGUCGUCGAUCCGGUCCUCGCUUCUUCCCUCUCCUUCUCCUCGGAGGGGUGAGUGUUUGGGCGUUUAACAAGAUCUACAAGUUGAGGGAGGAGAAUUGCGAUUUGAGGGAUCGGAUCCGUAGUGACGACAAGGCUUCACUCGCGAGUGCGACCAUUGCAUCGACAAGUCUGUCGCUCGACGAAGGCAAGGACGCGAACAACAAGGCUACCUCGGGUCGCGGGGAUUGGAGAAGGGAUUGGCGAGGCAGGAGGUACGGUGGACCCCGAGGCGAGGAAGAGGCUCAGAGGAUUUGA